GACAGCCCAACUUAUUCUGUUAACAAAAGUGAAAUGAGACAGCCUCGAAGGAAUCUUUUGAAUUCAAGUCAAUAAUAGUUGGUUUAUUUGGUUUAUUGGUAUCUCAGUUUGAUUUCAAAUCUAACGACCAUGUCUACAAAAAUUCCCCGUGAUGCUCUAGUAAUUCAAGCUAUCCUAAAAGAUAUGGGCAUUACUGAAUACGAGCCUAGGGUUAUCAAUCAACUGUUGGAAUUCAUAUACCGAUAUGUGACUACUGUCCUAGAUGACGCUAAGGCAUAUGCAAAUCAUGCUAAGAAAAAAGGGAUUGAUUUGGACGAUGUCAAACUUGCUGUUUCAAUGCAAAUGGAACAAUCUUUCACUUCUCCCCCACCACGUGAAAUUCUCAUGGAAGUUGCAAGAUCAAAAAAUAGCACACCUCUACCUUCAGUGAAACCACACUGUGGCAUUCGCCUGCCACCUGACUGUCAUUGCCUUGCUGCUUGCAAUUACAAGUUGAAAACUAUCAAAAAGACAUUACCAAAGGCUCUUGGUGGUGGAUCGACUACUGGAUCUAGAAUUGGUAUGCUGGGGGCGGCAAGAGCUGUGCACCGACCGAGUUCACCUGCAGUUCGGGUCACUACGAUUAAUGCGGGAACUCCCACAACUCCUCGACCUGUUGUGAAGAUCAACACUGGUUCUGCAAUUAAUACUCCCGCCAAUGUUCCAAAGAUUCAGAUCAAUAUUCCGGCUCAGCCCAAUCAGCCAGCAGAGAAAAUGGAAAUUGAUGUUCGAGGAGUGAAGCGUGAAAGAGAGGACGAUGAUUAUGAUGCUGCGUGAAUUAUUGGAAUGGUUUCUUAUUUCAUUAAAUUUCUUACAAGCUCGCGUUACGUUGCCUGAGUAAUGAUAAAUUCUUGAAUAAAUCAAUCGACUUAA